UCCCUCUGACACCUGAUGAGCGUGUUCCACAUAGGACCGGCUCAUUCUUCAAGAGUUAGCUGCUCCUUUGGAUUUCUAUCAAAGCCCCAUAAAGAGAGAAGCCUGUAAAAAUCUUGGAGAUCAUCAACAGUGAAUUGUAACUUGGACUUUUGAGAGAUGGAGUUGUCUUUUCGACGCAGGUGUCUCCUUCUACUGUGUUUGACACUUAUCCACAGUGGUCAUGCUGCAGUCCAGACGUGCAUGGAUAAGCACCAGGUGGUCGGGGUGCUCCGUCAGAUGGAGAAGUUCCUGAAAGGUCAGGAGAUGCGAUUCACCGAGGGCCUCAGGAUCAUGAAGUCCAAGCUGGCGACGCUGCAGAACUCUGUGUCCAAGUUGCCUCAAGCAGACCAGUCAGCCGCUUCCACCACCUGCCCCUCCCUAGAGGCCCCAGCUCACGGAACCAAGUUUGGCUCAAAGUAUUUUGUCGGACACGAGGUCCAUUUCACUUGUUCUCAGGGCUACCACCUCGUUGGCUCGGCCACACGUGCUUGCCGGGACAACGGCACCUGGACCGGCAUCAGUGCCAUCUGUAAAGAUAUAAGUGAGUGUGCAAGUAACCCCUGCCAAAAUGGAGGCACCUGUGUGGAAGGUCUUAACCAGUACAAAUGCACCUGCCCCCAGAACUGGAGCGGCUCUCACUGCCAGCAUCAGACCCAGACAGCACCACCUGAGUGGAGCGUCAUGAAUGACCCUGCGUUCAGCCGCAGACCUCGCUGCGCCCAAGUGAACCGAGCCCAACACUGCAGCUGCGACGCAGGCUUUCACAUGAGCGGCACCUCUGAAAACAGCAUCUGUCAGGAUGUGAAUGAGUGUGAAGUGUACCGGCUUGACCAAGGAGGCAAGCUCUGCAUCCACGAGUGCGUGAACGUCCCCGGCUCGUACCACUGCUCUUGCCCCAGCGGCUACAAGUUGCUCCCAGAUGGGCGGAGCUGCGAGGAUGUGGACGAAUGUUUGAGCCAGCAGCACAACUGUAGCCGAGGGACGACUUGUAUCAACAUGGGGGGAGGCUUCCAGUGCGUCAACCCUGAGUGUCCUCGUUCUCAUGGCAACAUCAGCUACGUCAAGACAUCUCCAUUUCAGUGUGAGAGAAACCCCUGCCCCAUGGACAGCCGCUCCUGCCAUUUGGCCCCGAAGACCGUGUCUUUCCACUACCUGUCUCUGCCUUCCAACCUGCAGACUCCCGCCACGCUCUUCCGUAUGGCGACCGCAGCCGCCCCUGGGCGCACAGGCCCAGACAGCCUGCGCUUCGGCAUAGUGGGUGGAAACUCCCGGGGCAUGUUUGUCAUGCAGCGCUCGGACAGACAGACUGGCGAGCUGAUACUAGUCCAGCAGCUGCGCGGGCCGCAGGAGAUCAGCAUUGACGUGGACAUGUCCGAGUACAGCGACCGCACCUUUCAGGCCAAGCACGUGGCCAGGGUCCACAUUCUGGUCUCACCUAACAACUUCUGAGGGCAAAGUUUGAAAGGAGGGAGACUAGACACAGAAGAGGAAGAAGAAAGAGUUUCCUCAUCCCCGAUCAGAGAUGAAUUUAUUUGAGCUGCCAGUCGCAGGCCUAAUUACCAAAAGAGUGAGAGUGACCAGCCAAUAUUUAACAGUUAUAUUAUGAUUGUAACAGUAUAUGGCAGAAACACACCAUAGAAGCUUCUGUAGUCAGGAUGUGCUAUGACUGACGCUGUUUGACUGAGUGAGUCUGAAUACAUGAAAAGGAGCUAAAAGCAUAAUGAACGUGUUGGAGGGAUGGAUAACUAUGACCGUUGCUUUAUGUUUUUAUUUUUGUCCAUCAUAAAUCAUGUCUGAGUAGCCCAGGGUCCGGCCCUGGGGCUGAUGCACUGCCCUCUCUUUAUUGAUGGUACAUCCUUGUAAGACAUUAGUGCUCCUGUGGCUCUAAUUUAUUGGAAAUAUUGUUGCUGGAUUUUACAUUGUAAUGCCACAUGUUUAACUUCUAUUAGAUUCUGUAUAUUUGUUUUUGUUGUACUAGCUUGCUUCGUUUAAGGCACCGGUCAUUUACUAUGGGAGUUGUUUUUCUUUAAAACAGUAGACACAGUAUUGUACCAGGGCGUUUAUUUUUUUCUCUAUUCAAGAGUGUGGUGUAACAAUUUCAGAGCAGGACUUCACAUUCAAAUGUUGUAAUGCUCUCACUCAAAACCCUGGGUUUGUAUUAUAAUAGCCCCCGCUUGUUGUUAGAUUUCCUCAGCUUGUGCUCAAACUGUGCGCUUGUUUGCACUUGGACAGACAUCCUGCAUUUCAGCUUCAGCUCCUCUCCUCAUGCUCAAGCUGCUUCUGUUCAGAGGCAGCAUGAGAAUAAAAACUGAAGCUGGAGCGCAGAAAGUCUGUCAAAGCAAGAAAACAACAUCUGAGUACAAGGGCAAAGCAGGGCAUAUUUGAGUGCAAGCAAAAUCUGAGCAUAAAAUCAAUAAGUCCUGUCCAAAAGCUCUUGAAAAAGAUAAGAAAAAACCUCCAUAAUAUUACUCUGUAUGUAAUAGUCUCAUAUUCUCAUAUUCUAAUUCAUAGAUGAUUUAGCGAGCUUGCCGGAGCACUACAUAAUUUAUCUGGAAUUUUAAUUGUCUCUGCAAAAAAAAACAAAUAAAGCCAGUCCAACUUUUCA